GCUCUCGCGGCAGUCCAAAGAGGGCGGGAAUCCCUGCAUCUCGCUGCUGGCAACUCUCUGCACCGCUUGCAUCAGCUUCACUCAGAGGCAUCUGGCGUUCCUGACCAAGGACGCCUAUAUCGAUGUGGUCAUCUCAUCCACGCCGUUCCUCACGGCUGCGCAGAACGCCUUCGGCUUCAUCAAGGCCGAUACGGGCAAGGUCUCCAGCCUUAGCGGCUCCGUUUGGAUCAUCAGCUUCGCCGUGACCUCGGGCGUCUUCACACUCUCCGUAGCGAUGCUGUGGACGCUCCUAGUCUUGAACGACCAGCAGAUGAAGGACAGCCACUACCGGGUUGAAAACCCGUACUUCGUAGCAACCCUCAGUGGGCUGCUCUCGGCGUCCCUGGCGGGCUCCUUCAUGGUGAUUUUCGAGCACUGUUCGGACACCUUGUUGUACGUCUUCCACUGGAACAAGUCGCAUGGCCACAACACCGUCGCCAAGUAUUGCCCCGACGAAUUAAUGCAGCUUAUGGAGUACAAGAAGGUCACUGGAAAUGGGAAAACAGCGCGGCCUGAGCAGGCUGGAAUCUUCAGCGGCUUGGGCGGCUUCUUCUCCUCGGACGUGCCGAACUCGAAGCAGGGCCAGUCACCGGAGGAGACGGCGCUGUUGGCUGGAAACAAGUAA